ACGCCAGCACCUACGCGCACUUCUUGUUCGACGCCUUCGACGCCGACCGCAACGGGGCUCUCUGCUUCCAGGAUUUUGUCAUCGGCCUCUCGGUCUUGCUGCGGGGGACGGUGCAGCAGAAGCUGAAGUGGGCUUUCAACCUCUACGAUAUUAAUAAAGAUGGCUACAUCACCAAGGAGGAAAUGCUGGAGAUCAUGAAGUCCAUCUACGACAUGAUGGGGCGCUGCACCCAGCCCACCCUGCGGGACAGCGCGCCCGCCGAGCACGUGGAGCUCUUCUUCCAGAAGAUGGACAGGAACGGCGACGGCGUGGUGACCUUCGAGGAGUUCCUGGAGACGUGCCAGAAGGACGAGGACAUCAUGAGCUCCAUGCAGAUCUUCGAGAACGUCAUCUAG